CACAAUUUGCCCAACAUCAAAUAAGGAGUUUAAGUGUUGAUAAACUGGAAUAUUAGUUCCACUUUAAUGAUAAAGAUCCACUUUAAUGAUAAAGCUAAUUUAAUCUCGGUAUGUAAAACUGAAUCUGAAACCACAAUCACUGAAAUCCCCUGUUUUUCCAAUGGAUGGUCCUUUGUGAAAGCAAAAGUACACAGCAAUUUAUAUGCUCUGUUGGGACAGAUCCAAGCUGCAGCGUUUUAUAUAAAGCAUACGGCUUCAUCCAUUCCAUCAGACCGUUAACAGACCUGAACUUGAAGCAUCUGGCAUUUCAACAGAAUAGCCAUGGUGAUCUACACCGUAACGACACACACAGGAAAGCGGCUCUGGGCGGGCACCACUAGCCUUAUCUCUAUCCAGCUGUGUGGUACUGAGGCUGAGAGUGAGAAACAGAAUCUAAAUUGCUUUUCGUGGUUUUGUCAAGGAUCGGUGCGAGCAUUUAAGAUAAAUUGCAAGGCGUCCCUGGGAGAGCUUGUAUCUGUCGAGAUCUACUCCAAGCCGUUUAUGGGUCUUAUUUACAACUAUUGGUUCUGCGAUAAGAUCUUGAUCAAGACGCCCGAAGGUGACGAGAUUUUGUUUCCAUGCUACUCCUGGCUUGGCUGUAACAAGAGGCUCGUUUUAAGACCUGCUAAAGCUUUACUUGUUUUCCAGGUCACCAACCCAGUAGCCCAAAGACAAAGGACGAGGCAGCGAGAAGAGCAACAAAAGUUAUUUAGGUGGCGUGUGUAUGCUGAGGGCACACCCCAAGUUAUCGAUUACGACACUGCCCAUGCUGACAGCUGAAGUCCAUUUCUCUUUCACAAAGGAAACUGAGUUUUGCUUCACUGCUGUAAUGCAGUUAGCUGAUCUGAAGCUACAGGGAUUGGCUGACAGCAGAAGAUUGUGGACAAGCUUCAGUGAACUGGCCAGAAUCCUUAAAAUCAGAAACAAAACCUUUGAAUACAUUCAGGAGCACUGGGAUGAGGAUGAGUUCUUUGGCUACCAGUUUCUGAAUGGCCUCAAUCCCAUGAUGAUCCAGCGCUGCUCAAAGCUGCCCGAUAAUUUCCCCGUCACAGAUGACAUGGUCAAAGACUCCCUAAGAGGGAGCAGCUUGAAGCAGGAAAUGAAGAAAGGGAACAUCUUCCUGUCUGACUACAAGAUAUUGGAUGAGCUGGUGGGAAAUAUAAUCAGUGGCAGGCAGCAGUAUCUCACGGCUCCCCUGGUCCUGCUGUACUGUAAUCCCCAUGGCAUGAUGCUGCCCAUCGCCAUACAGUUAAAGCAAAAGCCCAGCAAAGAGAAUCCGAUCUUCCUCCCAACGGAUUCAAAGACCGAUUGGAUACUGGCCAAGAUCUUCGUCCGAAAUGCAGAGUUUGGCGUUCACGAGGUCGACUUUCACCUGCUGAGAACUCACCUGCUGGCAGAGGUGUUCACUGUGGCGACAUUGCGCAAUCUUCCCUCUCCACACCCUCUCUACAAGCUCCUCUUUCCCCAUAUCCGAUACACGCUCCAGAUCAACAUCAUGGCCCGGAAUCAGCUGAUAUCCAAGGAUGGGGCCAUUACCAUGUAUGCAGGAGUAGGUGGAGAGUCAUUGGCAAAGUUGCUGAAGCGUGCUACUGCCUCCUUGACCUACAGCGCCCUCUGUCUUCCUGAGAACAUCUCUGAGAGAGGCCUGGAGAAUGUACCCUACUACUACUACAGAGAUGAUGGGAUGAAACUGUGGAACAUCAUCAACAAGUUUGUUGCAGCUUUCUUGUCACACUACUAUCAAUGUGAUGCAGACGUGCAGAAGGACACAGAGCUGCAGGAUUGGAUCAGUGAGAUAUUCACCAAUGGCUUCCUGGGAAGAGAUGGCUCAGGAAUACCAACUUCUUUUCAGACUGUGACAGAGCUUGUCAAGUUUGUCACCAUGGUGAUCUUCACUGCAUCAGCCCAACAUUCCGCUGUAAACAAUGGACAGUUUGACUUUGGCGGCUGGAUGCCUAACUACCCCACUGCCCUCAGAAAGCCCCCUCCCAAGGAGAAAGGCCAGACCCCUGAGCACAUGAUCCUGGAGACCCUUCCUGAUGUGAGCACGACGGUGAAUGGGACGGCUGUCCUGAGACUGCUGAGCAAGGAUUCUGCAGACCAUUACCCUCUGGGUCAUUUCCCAGAAAAUCUGCAUGAUGAAGACAUCCCCUGCAAGCUCAUUGAAGAGUUUCAAAAGGAUCUGAGGGAGUUGUCAGAUCUCAUCGAGGAGCGGAACAUGAAGUUGGAGCUUCCCUACACCUAUCUGAACCCCAAAAAUGUGGACAACAGUGUAGCCAUUUGAAAGGAGACAGUAGUCCUUCUUAAUAUGUUUGUCUUUCUACGGAGCCCUUAAAGGGACCUUUGCAAAAAUAAAAAAUAUGCGCGCGCACGAGAAACUUAUGGCGUGCACGCAUUACAAUUUCCGGUUUGUGUAUACUAAAACCUAUUUCAUUUGUGCGUCACUGCCUAUGAAGAAAGCCAGAGUAUGCAUGCACAUGAACUAAUAAAGAUCUAUUUGCUCAAAAUUAUGAAGAAAAUGUGAGCAUGGAUGAAUUAAUAAAGAUGUACUUGCUCAACAUUAUACAGAAAAUGCGAGUAUGGAUGUGCAUGAAUUAAUAAAGAUCCAUUCACUCAAAAUUAUAAAGAAGAUAGUAUGGAUGCGCAUGAACUAGUACAAACUAGUGUGAUAAAACUAAAACAGUCCUAUCUUUGUUGUUUGUGCCUUUGUGUUACAGGGCAAAAUACAGUAUGAUGCAAUUUUUUAUUUUAUUUUUUUUUAUUUUAAGCGACUUGUUCAGUUUAGAAACCAGCAAACAAGAAGGGGUUCACUCCAGACAGGGUAUAAUUCCAGGUGCACUUAUAGCAUAUGAAUUAUCUAGACAUUUACAUGAUUUCUAUUUUAACAAUAAAAGUCUCAACAUUGCAUUAAUAGAUUUACAUUAUUCUUUUGUGGAUGUGUAGAAAAGUGCAAUUGUUUGUUUUAAAUCAAAAUAGGGAGCCACAGUGUCAGUUUCUAUGGGCUUAAAGGCUAAAGUAUAAAGUAAAAGUUUGCACACUACGGAUACGGACAGAUGUAUUAGUGUCUUCAAUGUAACGUUAUACUAGUUUUGCGGUCUACAUCUCUUUGUGUGCAAGCUCAUCCACUGCAUCACAGUAUUUGAAAUAAUAUCUAUACAUCAUGUGAAUCUACAGCAAAGACGAUUAUUUUUUUAUAGCUCUAUAGUUAUCUAUGCUUCUCUGUCUAAAUACUGAUACUUACCUUAAAAUACUGAAGCAUGGAAUAAAUAAAUGAACCUCUGAUCUCCAGUAGCAGGGAGCUACUAAUAGGGGGGGACCAGGGAUGGUUGUAAAACUUUUUUGCUUCGGCACGUUACUCCCUGAUUUUUUUUUUUAGCUAAAGUUGUCAAGUUCUUAUUCAAAGUACCCAAAUUUAUUUACUACAAAUGGCACCGAUUAAAACCGUUGCAAGAAUAUCACAGAUGUCAUGAGCUGAUGUCAAAUACAUGGUGUUCCAUUGUUACAACCUACUUAGUCUUGCAGACUGAUGGCAGAAGGUCUGGACUCUAUCGCAGCUUUCAUUGGCCAAAGACUGCCCAAAUGGACGUUUGACUGACAUGUAACGCAACCAAUCACAGUUCAUUUUGUUCCGCAUCAUGUUUAGGGGUGUGAACAUGAAAGUCGAUAUCCCAACAAUAACAGACUGGCUUGCAUCUAAAAAAUUAUUUAUUUCGGAACAUGUGGAAGUUCACUGCAACAAUGGAGGCACAAACUAUUUUUGAAAAUCCAAUGUUAUGUUGAUCCUAGUAAGCACUCAGUCUCACAGUUGUAAACACAAAGGUCUUCUUCCAUGAGGGAGUUUUGCCUCACGGCAUUUGUUUCCAGACAGACCCUUAAAGAACGCAACUCACACAUCUCCCGGACAUCCUGUAGAAGUCAACCAACCAGAUGACGACUUCGAAACUCCUGAAGUGUUUCCAGAUAAGUGUGCCAUAUACAUCAGACGUUCAGCCAACGGUCCGUGGGAAUGACGUCUGA